UGUUAUAGUCGACUUGGCGUGUGAACUUCCGGGGAGGAAAAAUAUGUAAACAAACUGAUUAAAGUCAAUACUAUGGCAAAUAAUAGUGAACAAGGCAGCGGAUCAGAGUAUGUAAGUUUCGUCUGUCAAAGAUGCCGACAGCCACUUAAACUUGACCAUUCAUUCAACACUAUUAACAGGCAGUUACUGGCUGAACUGACAGCUCCUCUAACCAGAAAUGCUGACCAAGAAGAAACCAUCAACAUAUUCAAGUCAGGAAAUGAGAAUCCAGAGAAACAAUCUGAAGAAAAUAUGGUGGUGCAACGAGUCAUUCCUCCAAGUUUUCUAUACGAGGAGGAAGCCGGACAUGACUUCCUUCUGUUGGGGGAGACAGGCUCUGGAUAUACAGACAACCUCAGUCACAGGGUCAAGGUAAACAGUAUCCUGUUUGAUAUUAUGUCCAGUCAGUCAGAUGUUGACCAUCCACUCUGUGAGGAAUGUACAGAUAAUCUGUUAGACCAGCUGGAUCACCAACUGAAGAUCACAGAAGACGAGUGUAAAGACUACAGAGAAUUUUUAGAGAACCUGAGUACAUCGGAUGAUAGCCCGGAGGAAACAGGUCUUGAUGACGAGCUAAAACAGUUGGCUGCGGAAAAGGAAGCUUUGAGGAAGGAAUUGGAAAAUGUUGAACGAGAGAGAAAGGGUAUGGCUAGACAAAUAGAAGCUGAGAAGGCGAUAGCGAAAGAAUUGGAAGAGGAAGAAGAAAGGUACUGGAAGGAAUAUAAUGAAUUCAAACGUCAAGUACAAAGUUUGGAGGACGAGCAACGGAGUGUGGACAACCAGCUGAAAUAUGCUCAGACACAAUUGGACCGACUUAAAAAAACCAACGUUUUUAAUACAACAUUCCAUAUUUGGCACAGUGGUCACUUUGGGACAAUAAACAACUUCAGAUUAGGAAGACUUCCAAGCGUUCCGGUGGACUGGAACGAGAUAAAUGCAGCCUGGGGACAGACUGUUUUACUUCUUCAUUCACUGGCCAACAAAAUGGGGCUGACAUUUAAGAGAUUUCGCUUGGUACCCUAUGGCAACCACUCGUAUGUGGAGUCGCUCACCGAUAAAUCUAAAGAAUUACCAUUGUACGGCUCUGGCGGAUUUCGAUUUUUCUGGGAUACGAAGUUCGAUCAAGCAAUGGUGGCAUUUUUAGAUUGCCUUCAACAGUUUAAGGAGGAAGUGGAAAAGGGUGAUUCAAGUUUCUGUUUACCGUACAAAAUGGAGAAAGGCAAGAUAGAAGACAACAGUUCAGGAACAUCGUACUCCAUCAAGAUCCAGUUUAACUCAGAGGAGCAAUGGACAAAGGCUCUAAAGUUCAUGCUGACCAAUCUCAAAUGGGGCCUGGCCUGGGUUACCUCGCAGUUCGCCACAAAAUAACUGUAUGAAACAUAUAUACUGUCCAGUGUGUUCAUGAAAUGUGUUCAGUGAAGAGACUCAUCUGGCUAGUCAAUUGUCAGUCUGAUUUGGCCAUCCGUCUGGCUAGUCAAUUGUCAGUCUGAUGUGGCCAUCCGUCUGGCUAGUCAAUUGUCAGUCUGAUGUGGCCAUCCAGGAUCUUACUGCAGUAUAUACUGGUACAGAACAAAUUCGACAAUAAUAUAAAGGAUAUAUGAAACUUGUUUUAAAAAUGGAUGUUUAGUUGUUUUACAGCAGUCAUUACAGUAUGACUGAGAAAGUGCUAUAUUGUUUGUGUAAUUUUUUUUUAUCUUAUUCAGAAGAUAAAGUGAUGAAUGUGACAUUUUCAUUUGAAACCAGGCUAGCCAAGAUGAACAAAAUAAUGUUUAAAACGACCGAGGCACUCUGUUGUUGAUAUAAUAUUAUCAGUUUAUACUGAGCUGUUCGUGGAUGUUUUGUAAUGGUGAAAUUUGAUUUUAAGAGAUAAAUGUAAAGUGUGUUCAGUUGAUGUCCUAUCCUAGUGUCAUAUGAUACAUAUCAAUUAAAUGUAUCAUAAUUAUA